AUGCAAGAUCGACCCGAUAUCAGCGAAAGAUGCUUGACAAAAUCCUCCACCGCAGAAGCUUGGAACCUGGGACUCAUUACAGUAGCUGAGGAAGUCGAACGUUUCAAGAACAAGAAGCUGACUUCAUCUCAGAUACAUGGACCAGCAGAGGAGGUUGUACAAGUCUUCGAUUCACAUACAGCGACUCAGAAUAUCACAAUAGAUCGCAGCAAUGAAAGCCCAGCUUCAGUCGUAGAUCAAGGACAGAACUCUUCGAAUGCGCACCAACCACAGCCCAACACAGAGCCCCAGAUCCGUCCGACGCAGGACGACGGCGCGAACAAGUCGGAGCAUCGCAAGACUUUGCUGCACUCUAAAGGCAUCCUCCGUAAACGCUCAUUGAGUGACAGUGCACAUCAGCCUGGAAGCGGACUCGAAGCCGAAGGAGUGGGGCAAAGCGCUGAGUCCCAGCUAUCUUCGAAACCAAAUAUGCAGAGGCUUAUCCCACAUUUCGGCAAGACCAAGAGGGAAUACGAGGUAUCUAUGCCUGGUGGAAACACCCAAGGAACUCCGUAG